AUGGAGGAGGGGCACCCUUCACCCUCCACGACGGAGCCCCGCCGGGGGGAGGUGCGCCCCGAGAAAAAGGUGGGGGGUCGCCGGGAGAGCAGCGUCCAGCGGCGGCUGGAGAGCAACGAGCGCGAGCGGCAGCGCAUGCACACGCUGAACAACGCCUUCCAGGCGCUGCGCGAGGUCAUCCCGCACGUGCGCGCCGACAAGAAGCUGUCCAAGAUCGAGACCCUCACGCUGGCCAAGAACUACAUCAAGUCACUGACUGCCACCAUCCUCACCAUGUCCAGCGGCCGCCUCCCGGGCCUGGACGGCCCCGGCCCCAAGCUCUACCAGCACUACCAGCAGCAGCAGGUGACUGGGGCCGCACUCGGUGCCACCGAGGCCCAGCCCGAGGGCCACCUGCAGAAGUACUCCACGCAGAUCCACAGCUUCCGAGAGGGCUCCUAGCACCCCAGU